AUGUCCACCGCAACGACUCCCGACACUCUCUUCCUCAACGCCACCGUAAUCGACGGCUCAGGCACCACUCCUCGUUACAUAGCCAGCGUGCUCGUUCACGAUGGACUCAUCCACUCCAUCCGCAAAGGCCAAGACACCUACUCGCCCCAAGAAAUCGAAGACUUCCGCAAGAGCAACACCAAGAUCAUCGACUGCGACUCCGGAAAAUGGACACUCACCCCAGGCUUCAUCGACAUGCACGCCCACUCCGACCUUUCCCUCCUCCACACCCCGGCGCACUUGGCGAAAAUCACGCAAGGCGUCACGACGGAAGUCAUAGGCCAGGAUGGGAUCUCCUACGCCCCCGUCGACGACGCAGCGAUGGCGAGGAUCCGGCAGCAGAUCGCCGGGUGGAAUGGCAAUCCCGAUGACGAAGGAUUCUUUGAGAGGUGGCGGAGCGUGAAGGAGUAUCUAGACGUGCUGGAUCGGGAGAAGACGGCGACGAACGUGGCGUUUCUGGUCCCGCAGGGGAAUUUGAGGAUUCUGGUCAAAGGGUGGGAUUCGAGUCCCGCGACGGAGGACGAGAUUGGGAAGAUGAAAGUUUUGCUUGCCAAGGCCAUGGAGGAUGGUGCGGUGGGGAUGUCGAGCGGGUUGACGUACGUGCCCGGGAUGUUUGCCACGGAUGAGGAGUUGGGCCAGUUGUGUGAGGUUGUGAGGGAGUAUGGAGGGUAUUAUUGUCCGCAUACGAGGAGUUAUGGCAAGGGGGCUUUGCAGGCGUAUCGGGAGAUGGUUGAUCUGGCGAGGAAGACGGGGGUGAAGUUGCAUUUGACGCACGCGACGAUGAACUAUGAGGAGAAUGCGGGGCGAGCGGGAGAGUUGAUUGCGAUGAUUGAUGAGGCCAUUCAGGAGGGCGUGAACAUUAGUCUCGACACGUAUCCCUACCUUCCCGGCUCGACGACGUUGGCGAGUACCUUGCCAUCCUGGGCAGCGAGCGCGGCAGAUCCAGUCGCCGUGCUCAACAACCCAGACCUCAUAGCAAAGAUCAAACACGAAGCGCUCGUCGACGGCACAGACGGCUGCCACGGCUGCACGCUCCACUGGGACAUCCUCGAAAUCGGCGGCGUGCGCAACAAAGCCCUCAUCUCGCACUACGUCGGCAAAACCAUCGCCCAAAUCGCCACGGAACAGAACCAAGACCCCUUCGACACCUACAUCCAGAUCCUGAAAGACGACUCCUUCGACAGCACCAUCCUCUCCCACUCCGGCCACGAAGGCAACGUCCGCCAGAUCAUGCGUCAUCCGCGCCACACCGGCGGCUCCGACGGCAUCCUCACCAGCACGAAACCGCACCCGCGAGGCUGGGGCACGUUCCCGCGCUACCUGGGCCACUACGCCCGCGACUUGCCCCGCGGCACGAGCAGGAACAUCUACCACGCAACAUGCACAUCCUCUUUCGACACCGUCCCGCCGGAGACGAUCUUCGCCGGAGGUCUGGAAGAAGCCGUCGCGCACCUGACGUCUCGACCGGCUUCGAUCAUCCGCGCGGAGGAUCGGGGGCUGGUGCGGGAGGGUUUCCGGGCGGAUUUGUGUGUUUUUGAUAAGGACGAGGUGAGGGAUGAGGCUACGUAUGCGGAUCCUCAGCGGGCGGCGAGGGGCGUUGGGUGGGUUUUGGUUAAUGGGGUUGUGGUGGUGGAGAGCGGGGUGCCGAAUGAGGGGAGGGCGGGGCGGACGGUUAGGUUGAGGAGGGAGGGGAGGGAGUGGGUUGUUAGGUGA